AUGUCUUUUACUAAAUUAUUUUUCUGUAUCCUUGUUUUUUGUGUCAGCGAUUACUCGAAUGAGUAUACCUGUGGAAAAUUGUGCAAGAACAAAAAUGUAAACAAUGUCCUAAACCUAAGAACUAGCAGAUUACUGAGAGGAUACGAACAGGCUGAGAACAUUGCUGAAUAUGAAAAUGGAAGAGGAAAAUUCUUCGGUUUAGUAGAUGAAGAUGAUGAAGAAUUUACAAGCUAUUUCAAAUCUUGUAUGAAGGAUGCUAAAUUUCAGGAAGGAUUCAAUUUAUUAAUGACUAAUGAUGAUAAUAUUACUUCAGAAUAUAAGACAAUGACAGGUGAUAAAUGUCAUAAAAACACACAUCCUAAUUUGGAGUAUAAUAGUGUUCCCUUUACCUGGGGCAAACAUAAAGAAUCUUCUGGUAAUAAAUAUGAUUCACAAGAUUUUACUUCAGAAUAUGAUUUUAAAAAUGUAAAGGAAUAUGGAAAUCCCAACCAAAAUGGACGUAAACAGAAAAAAGCAUAUGAAGAGGUAGGAGGCCAUGAUUAUAAUUAUGAUGAUGACUAUGAUGAUAAAUAUGAUAAUGACGACGACUAUGAUGAUGAAUAUGAUGAUGACUAUGAUGAUGAAUACGAUGAUGACUAUGAUGAUGAAUACGAUGAUGAAUAUGGAAAUAGGUAUGACAAUAAAUAUGGAAACAAAUAUGAAAGUAAAUAUGGAAAAAACUAUAAAAAUAAAUUCAGGAAUCGACCUACAAAUGGACCCAUAUUUCAACCUGGAAAUCAAUAUGGAAAUGACCCCGAAGAAGCAAAUAAUGAGACAACCCAAUGGAUUAAACGAAAUAAUAAGAAAUCCUUAAAUAUACCUACCAUUUCAGGGAUAAUUAACUGUAUAAAAAAAGCUGAUGCCAAUUAUCAAGCACGAUUAGAAAAAAUAGUGAAAGAAGAAAAGGAAAAAAAUCCUACAUGUAAUAGAAAUUCAUCUAAAUUAAGUAGUAUGAAUGUACUUAAACUGCUCUCACCAGUUUUCAAAACGAUUCCGCUUUCUCUUAUGAUCAUGUUCACAACGAAAUCAGCGCUCUUAUUUUCCAUAGCAAUAUUAUUAAUAUUUGCAUCACUAGUAUACAUUUCAUGUAGAUACCAAAAAUGCAUUAAUCGCGUAAACUGUGCAGAUGAGGGAGUCAGAAUAACACUGAAUAGGGAAGCUGAAGUCAUACAAAAGAAUGAACUAAAAGUCAUGCCUAAAAAGGAUGAUACUCGGACACUUACAUGGGACCAGAGCUCGUCAUUGAGCAUCGAAGAGGAAAUGGAAUCUAGAUCUGAAGAGAACAUAGAAGAUAGGUGGGAGGAUAAAAUUCCACGAAGAAGGGAAGAGGAGUUCCAUCCAAUCAGAGACAGUUACUAUCAUAAGAGAAGAUACUUCCUCUAA